AUGAGGUGUCUACAUUAGCAUUACUUCUGAAGUCGUCGUCUUCUUCUUCUUCCUGUCCCACUAAGCAAAGCCCCAACCCGAACCCAAACCCGCAACGAUACCUCACCUUCUCCCUCCUUCUCACUAUACUUCCCUCCACAUUAACUCUCUCUUUCUCCACAUAACACCUAAAGUUCUCAUCUUUGAUCUUUCUUCGUUCUGCUGCUUCACAUUUUUCUUUCUCUGAGCGCCAUGGAUCCUCCCAUCUAUGGUGUCUCCAGGAUUUUCUUCACUCUCUGCCUUUUCGUUCUCCUCUCUGCUUCCUCUGCUUCCUCUGCAUUGCCUCAAUACCCAUCUUCUCCUAGUAACAAGAACACGGGUAUCAAUUCAAACUCUGUUCUUGUCGCGCUUCUUGACUCGCAUUACACUGAGUUGGCUGAACUCGUUGAAAAGGCUCUUCUUCUUCAGACUCUUGAAGAAGCUGUCGGCAGAAAUAAUAUCACCAUUUUCGCACCCAAAAAUGAAGCUUUGGAGCGCCAACUUGACCCUGAGUUUAAGCGUUUCUUGCUCGAACCUGGUAAUCUCAAGUCUCUCCAGACUCUGUUGAUGUUCCAUGUUAUUCCUCAACGGCUCGGAUCCAAUGACUGGCCCUCUGAAAGAUCCAAGCUUUCUAGGCAUACCACUUUGUGCAAUGACCAUAUUCACUUAAUCAGUAAAACUUCUGGUAAGAAACUCGUUGACUCCGCCGAGAUAAUCAAACCGGACGACGUUAUCCGUCCCGACGGUGUUAUCCACGGGAUUGAGCGACUCCUAAUCCCGCAAUCUGUACAAGAAGACUUCAAUCGGAGAAGGAAUCUCAGAUCCAUAUCCGCAGUGCUACCAGAGGGUGCGCCAGAGGUGGAUCCAAGAACCCACCGGCUGAAGAAACCAGCAGCACCUGUGCCUGUCGGAGCACCACCAGUGCUACCCAUUUACGAUGCCAUGGCUCCAGGUCCUUCCCUGGCUCCGGCGCCGGCUCCCGGUCCCGGCGGACCUCAUCAUCACUUUGACGGUGAGAGUCAAGUCAAAGACUUUAUCCAGACACUAUUACAUUACGGAGGCUACAAUGAAAUGGCGGAUAUUUUAGUGAACUUAACCUCAUUAGCCACUGAAAUGGGGCGGCUGGUUUCCGAAGGAUAUGUGCUCACCGUCUUGGCACCAAACGACGAAGCCAUGGCCAAGCUGACGACGGACCAGCUAAGCGAACCCGGUGCACCGGAACAGAUAAUUUACUACCAUAUUAUCCCGGAGUACCAGACAGAAGAGAGUAUGUACAAUGCAGUAAGGAGAUUUGGGAAAAUAAAGUACGAUACGCUGCGUUUGCCUCACAAGGUGGUGGCUCAGGAGGCUGAUGGGUCGGUGAAGUUUGGGGCGGGUGAUACGUCAGCGUAUUUGUUCGAUCCAGAUAUUUAUACCGACGGCAGGAUUUCAGUGCAGGGAAUUGAUGGGGUUUUGUUCCCGGAGGAGGAGAAAGAGAGCGUUAAAAAAUCGACGGCCGCCGUUAAGGUUGUCACCAAACCCAGGAGAGGGAAGUUGAUGGAAGUAGCCUGUAGAAUGCUUGGAGCUUUUGGUAAGGAUUCACAUUUCAGUAGAUGUCAAUGAACCUGCACAGCUAAAAUUACUAGUAAAUAUGAUGGAAGGCUUGAUGGAUGGAUCGCCCAGUGUAUGAUUUCCAAAUAAUCCCACAUAAUUAAGAGAGGGGGAAGUGAUAGAAUUUGUUGUAAUUACUGCUAUCGCACAUCAAUUUUUAAUUAAUUUUUCUUCUUAGAAAACUCUUUUUUUUUCCCUGUCUUUUUAAUCACGGGUUUUGUUGUUUGUGGUUUGUGAAUUAAUUUUUUGAAUUUUUUUUUA